AUGACACUGUGACACAGUUUAAAGUUUACUGCGAGAAAAAACUGCACAUCAUCAUUUUCUGUUGUUGAAAGAAAUCCUUCAACUUUUAUGACCGCAUUGGGCAGUAUCCGCCUCGUCGGUUUUCAAGCUUUCCGGUUAUUCCAGAAUUUCAGACUGAAUACCAGUAAUCUUAUGGGAGUUGCUGACUCGUUGCCUCGAUCCACAAUGCCACGUAAAGAACCAGACAUGCCGACGGAGAAGGCCACUUUUGCGCUUAGCUGAUUUUGGUUCCCCGAGGCGCAGUUUGGCUGCGCUAAGGGGAUAAUCCGUACCAGGGUUGGGUACACAGGAGGAUCUAAGAGUUCUCCUACAUACCAUAGCCUUGGUGACCACACGGAGACCAUAGAUGUAGAUUUUGACCCGCAGCAAACAAGCUAUGACACUCUUCUUACAAUCUUCUGGAACAACCAUGACAGCACAGCCUGUACAAGCCGUCAGUACAUGUCCGCCAUCUUCUAUCACAAUGAAGAACAGAAAGCAUUGGCAGAGAAGGCACUGGAAGAACAUCAAUCCAAGGUGUCUCGUAAGAUCCAGACGCGAAUCAAGAAAGCAGAGACCUUCUACAAUGCAGAAGAUUACCACCAGAAAUACAUGCUUCGUCAACACCAUGGCCUUCUAAAGAGUCUUGCCUUGAGCUCAAAGGAUGUGAUCACAUCACACGUUGCUUCCCGCCUCAAUGGCUACAUGGGAGGAUUCGGGAUGACCAAGAACCUCGAGAAGGAGAUCGACAACUUUGCAUUGAACGAGGAGCAGAUGGAAUAUGUACGUAAUAAGGUGAAGAAGUAGAUAAAUAAAUGGUGUCAGAAGCGUGAUUGCUGGAGUGAUAAUUUGUUUAUUUGAAUGACAAGUUUAACCGUUCCUUGCAUUUCAACGAAAUCAUGUCCCUUAAUAGUUCACAUUUAAAACAAACUGGUGUGCGAUUGCAUCAUUUCAUAAGGCGGGUCAUUAAAUUGUUCAACUUUUUUGCUUUUGGGUGAUUAAAUAGGGAAGAAAAGUACUCACUGCAGACGAUAAAGCCACUUUGAACUUACGCAAAUUUUCAUGACAAGUGCCCACUGUAGAUGAUGCAUAGUGUGAUUCUUACUACACUUAUAGGUUGCAAUGCACACACCAUCGUCUGCAAUGAUGCCACUGACAUUAUUUUGCCAGGGGGUCUGGACCCCCUUUUAUUUAAUUCCUGACCUCACUAUCUUAUCUUUGGUAUAGUUCAUUCACACUGAUAAUCAAUUCUUGGAGGUAAAAUUUUAGAUAUGCUUACAGGGUGAACUACUGAUUUUGGGUGGUAAUUUAUGGCAGGUUCAGUGGUUGUAGUUUUGUAGAUUUGUUUUUACCUAUUUAACCGUACUAAGCAAAAAUAGCGAAUUAAACAAUGUUUUUCACAAAGGAUUACACUUAUACCAGGGAAUUGCAUAAAAGUAAGGUUUUAUGCAUUUUGACUAAAAAUUUCUGAGGAUCUUUCAGCACUUUCAAAAACUUGAUUCAAGCGGCAUAAAAUUCUGGAAAAACGACAAUUCUAAGAAAAUGGAAGUAAUUCCUAUAUUUGUACUAUCCUUACUUUACAAAUAAACACAAAAUGCAUAAAGCUGUUUUUUAAAACAGGGCAAGAUCCUAUAGAACAAAGGUCUAUUAACCCUCAGACUUAAGGAGAAGCUCAUUCGUCACCGGUGGAGAGGAAAAAUUCCAGGACCCUGGGUGGCAGUACACUUACCAGGGAAAUGUACGCUUUCUCGGACCAACGUAUUGAUCGUAAGCCUAUAAGCUAGCCCUCAAGUCUGGGUAGUAAAUAGAAUUUA